CUGAUUUCCUUUAAGCGUCUGAACGACCAGGUGGAAACCUUUCGAAAGGCGACGACGGACAGUGAACAUGCUUUGCGAGCCUCGUUAACUGAACAGCCGGAAGUACAGCCGAAGUCGGAGGAUUCGAAUGAGUGGGGUGACGACUGGGGUGACACCGCUUGGCCAACAGCUGCUGAGAAAGCUUCGUCAGAAGAAGAUGCGAGGGAAAUUACGGAGUCUCAAGCAAAACCAGUGGACCAUUGUAGCGAUCCAGUUAACGGUCCUGCUCUGGCAAAACUCGAGGAGGAACUCAGGAAACUUCAGCGUGAGCGUGAUGCUUCUCUUGAAGAACUGGACAGGGAGCAUCAAGCCGUUGUCGACCGCUUACUGCAGGAAAGAGUCGAGCUGAAGGCACUAUGCGAGAAGCAGAAGUGCGAGCUGACUGAUCGAGAUACCCGACUGACGGAAUUGCAAGAGUGCAAGGAACAACUGGAGAGAGAAAACGCCGAGUUGAUCGACGCCUACAACGAAUUAAACGACUCGUUCGAAGAGCACAAGAUGGAAAGCAGUGAUGUAACGACGUCAAACAGGGAACUGGAAGGUCGUCUGGAAGCGCUUAAGAAUGAUUUGUUCGAGUACGAGGAAAAAUAUGAGCGCUGCAAGGCAGAGAACCAAUUGGCGAUGCAGCAACUGGAGAAUUUGUCGAACGAAUUCCGCCGUCUGAAGGCGGAAUGGCUGAAAAGCAGCAUGAACUCAGAUCUGCGAAACUGGCAGAGUGAAGUGAUCAAGCUGAGUGGCGAAUUAGAGGAAUCACUGCAAAAGCGUCAUGAACUGGUGUCGAGCAUAUCUGAGUACGAAGACAUCGCUUGCACGUUCCAAAAGCACAUCGAACGACUGAAGACGGAAAACGAGCGACUGCGCCGUGUAUCUGCUGAGCAACAACAAGAACUGCAGCAGUUCGAAGACGUCAGGGAUUGUCUGGACGAUCUGCGGUCAGAGAUGGACGGUCUGGUGUCCGUACUGCGCCGGUACGAUGAAAGUUAUGCUAGUCGAUACGAGAACCUUCUGAAGAGCAUCGUUUCGCUGAAAUGCACCAGAUCUUUCAUUGAAUGCCCUGAUGAUGGCGACGAUGAACCAGCGACGCUGGAGCACAAGCGAGCGGUCGAAGAUCUGAACCACCAGAAUCAGUCGUUGGCGAAGAAGCUGAAGGAGUGCCAAGACGUUUGCUCUUAUCAGGGCACUGUGAUCGUAGUUUUGCGUCAGAAGGUGGAGAAGCAGUUCUGGGACAACUACCACAUUCUCCGUUUGUUGGACCUCUACAGAAGCGUUAUGGGUCCGGAAGCGGCAUCGAAGGUCGAGGCACUUCAGGUGCAGCCGAAUUUCGCUCUUAAAGCUAUCGCCUAUGAGCACACGGAUAACGAAGGCGACGCUAGACCUAAGACGGUUUCUGAAAUUAAGUCAGAGUCAGCACAGUCAUACGUUCAGGCGUUUCGUCGAUGCCGGACCACAUCAGACAGUGUGCUGUUGCACUGUCGUUUUCCGAACUAUCGGACGGCGGUGUCACACGACGUAAGUGAAAGUGUAGAAAUUACGGAACUAGACGAUGCGUCUGUCAGCGAAACGGGUCGACGAAAACAUUGUGGUGCUCGCAAACGGUUUCAUUUGUCGACAAAGCAUCGACAGUCUGUGAUACGAGCCUCCUUAAGGAGGACUGUCGAAAGGUUGAGUCGCAAGUUAGAAGGUGACAAGAAAAGGAUCGCCCACCUGAACACAAUGAACGCGUCUUUAACUGAGCUGGGUGAAAAUCUGAAAGAGCAGCUUGCGGAAUACGAAAAACAGUAUGCUGCGCAGGCGAAGAAAGUGGAGUCGCUGCAGGCAGAGCGUCUUGAACUGGACAACAUUCUAGCAUCCAAGGAAGCUGCCUUGAAAUUGGAGGAGCAAAAAGGAAUCGCGUUGCUGAUGAUGGAGAAGGACAAGGCCCAUGGGGACGUCGCCUUGCAACAGUGUAAUGACGAAUUGUUACGUGUCAGCGGUUGUUUCGAGCAGGUGCAAAAUGAACUGCUCGACAGCAGGAAGACGGUGCAAUCAUUGAACGACAGUAACUCAGUGCUUAGACACAGCCGUCGGCUAUUCAUCGAACGACUGAACGACGUUCACGGAAAACUGCAUACAUUAAAGGAGGACGUCGCACAACAGAAAGAAGAUAUCUCCUCUAUAAUGGCAACCUUUUCAGCCGUGCUUUUGGAUGUUUCAUCGCGACUUCUGUCGUCAAGCCAAGCGGUCGCGCUCGAGAGGGAAAAGCUGGUGGCUCUGGUCAGCCUGAAGCACGAAGAAAGCGUGCGCUAUCAUCACGAAUGGCAGCGCGUGGCCGAGCUGUUGCAGCAUGAGAGGGCGUUGGUUGAACAGCUGAGCAGACAACAGGUAUCCAUCACUCGUUCCUCCGUAUCGAACGCAGAAACCAGUACCGAAAAUGACGAGUUGAUGGCCGGCGAGGAGCAACAGGUCGCGGCCCUGUCGUUGCAGCUGCAACAGGCGAAUGCAACCAUCGCGCAGCGUGACUCACUGGUGAAUAGUCUAAGCGCACAGGUCGAAGACAUCAAGCAGCGUUGCAGACAGGACAUUGUGUCAGUGCUCGAAGAAAGGGACCGUUUGUUGUCACAGGUCUCUUCGAACAAACAGCUGGAAACGAGUUUUGCAAAUCAGAUGCGGCUUCUUCAAGAGGCGAAGGGUCACUCAGACAGCGAGGUGAAGCGAUUGAAGGAUCACCUCAUAUCGAUGGAGGAGGCUUAUACUCAAGAAGCAGUGAAGUGUGAGGAACGCGAGAUCAGCUUACGCGACAGAGUGCGAGACCUCGAGGCACACAAACAGCUGCUUGGCCAAAUAGAAAAACUGCAGGAUGAAUUGACCAGGGUCAUUCGUGAACGAGACGCUGUCCAGAGUCAAAUGACCGCUGUGAAGGAAGACCUGGAAAAUUCCCAGACGGCUCUUGUAACGUUGCGGACUACGCUGGAGCAUUUUCAAGACGGUAGGGCGUCUCUGGUUUUUUGA